AAACGAACACCAAUACUUGCGUCUGCUGCAGCCGCAGCUAUCUGCGGCAAUGAAACGAACAGCCCCAUUAUAUAUAGAUUGUGGAAAGUUAUUAUUAAAAAAAAUGAGCAUAAUAUUACAACUCCUUGUUGCUCUUAUUAGAGAUCAACUUAAUCGAGUAACCAAACAAUCCUUUUCUUCUUCCUCUCUUCGCCGAUCACUGUCUCCUGCAGUUUCACGGCGACGGAACGAUGAAUCCACCGGAUAAGAACCAAGAUACUGUCCCCUCAGUAUCUCACUCUCAACCCUCUACUCUUCCUCCACAUUCGAACUCGAACCCCAAUGUAGAUUCAAGUUUAAAUCCCUUUCCGACUUCGAUCUCCACCUCAAUCUCUAACCCUAGUUUUGAGCAGAUGGUCUCUUUCUCCGCGCCUAAGAAACGAAGGAGAGGCCGUUCUCAGCGUUCAGCGUCGUCGUUUCAUACCCUUCCCGUCCCUAACGUCCCCGGUAACGGUAGUUUCGUGUCACCUUCAGCUUCUUCUUCCGGUAGAUUAAACGUAGAUGUGAAAAAUUAUCCUGGUAUUGGUGAUGAGAUCAUCACGAUCAAUAAGGAGGCUACCACCGAAGCUUUGCUUGCUCUCACAGCUGGGUUUCCUGCUGAUUCGCUUACCGAGGAAGAGAUUGAGUUCGGUGUGGUGCCUAUGGUUGGAGGCAUUGAACAAGUGAACUACAUCUUGAUUAGGAACCAUAUCAUAUCGAAAUGGCGAGAAAAUGUAUCUAGUUGGGUCACUAAGGAGAUGUUUCUUAAUUCGAUUCCUAAACAUUGCAGUAGUCUCUUGGAUUCGGCUUAUAACUACUUGGUUACGCAUGGAUAUAUCAAUUUCGGUAUAUCACAGGCAAUUAAAGAUAAGUUUCCUGCUCAACCAAGCAAGUCUAAUGUGAUUAUAGUGGGUGCUGGGUUAUCUGGGUUGGCUGCAGCUAGGCAACUAAUGAGGUUUGGGUUUAAAGUCACGGUUUUGGAGGGUAGGAAACGACCUGGAGGACGGGUUUAUACCAAAAAGAUGGAAGCUAAUAGGUUAGGUGCUGCAGCGGAUUUAGGAGGGAGUGUUUUGACUGGAACAUUAGGAAAUCCUCUAGGGAUUAUAGCGAGACAGCUGGGUUGUUCUCUUUAUAAGGUACGAGAUAAGUGUCCUCUUUAUAGAGUGGAUGGUAAACCGGUUGAUCCGGAUGUGGAUAUUAAGGUCGAGGUAGCUUUUAACCAGCUUCUAGACAAGGCAAGUAAACUUAGGCAGUUGAUGGGUGAUGUUUCCAUGGAUGUCUCCCUUGGUGAUAUGGUGCUGUGUACAGUUCCCCUUGGUGUCCUUAAGAACGGAUCCAUCAAAUUUGUUCCCGAGUUACCUCAGAGAAAGCUUGAUUGUAUAAAGAGAUUAGGUUUUGGGUUACUGAAUAAAGUUGCAAUGCUCUUUCCGUGUGUAUUUUGGAGCACAGAUCUCGAUACCUUUGGGCAUCUUACUGAGGAUCCGAACUAUCGAGGUGAAUUCUUUCUGUUCUAUAGCUACGCCCCUGUUGCUGGUGGUGCUCUCUUGAUCGCGUUGGUUGCGGGUGAAGCUGCUCAUAAGUUUGAGACAAUGCCACCCACCGACGCAGUGACUCGUGUUCUUCAGAUUCUUAGGGGUAUAUAUGAACCUCAAGGAAUAACUGUCCCUGACCCACUUCAAACGGUCUGCACCAGAUGGGGUGGGGAUCCAUUCAGUUUAGGAUCUUACUCUAAUGUUGCAGUGGGAGCUUCAGGCGAUGAUUACGAUAUAUUAGCAGAAAGUGUGGGAGAUGGAAGGCUUUUCUUUGCCGGGGAAGCUACAACAAGGCGAUACCCUGCAACCAUGCAUGGAGCUUUUGUUACUGGUCUGCGAGAAGCUGCAAACAUGGCUCGAUUUGCAAAAGCCCGAGGCAUAAGGAAAAGAAUCGAUAGGAACCCAUCAAAGAAUGCUCAUUCCUGUGCCAUUCUUCUUGCAGAUUUAUUCAGGGACCCUGAUCUGGAGUUUGGGAGUUUUUCCAUAAUCUUUAGUAGGAGGAAUCCGGACCCAAAAUCCCCUGCGAUUUUAAGGGUAACUCUAAGCGAGCCUCGUAAGAGAAACGAGGACCCAAAAGCAGAUCAGCACUCAAACAAGAUACUGUUUCAGCAGCUUCAGUCUCAUUUCAACCAGCAGCAACAGAUUCAGGUGUAUACAUUAUUAACUAGACAACAGGCUCUUGACCUGAGAGAAGUCAGAGGUGGUGAUGAAAAGAGACUUUACUAUCUUUGCGAGACACUUGGAGUGAAACUAGUGGGAAGAAAAGGUCUUGGUACUGGAGCUGAUUCGGUCAUUGCUUCUAUUAAAGCCGAGCGAACUGGUCGUAAGCUACCAUCAUCAUCAUCCUCAGGCUCAAAAUCUGGUAUAUUAAAAGGGAAACCAGGUGCAUUGAAGCGAAAAAUGAUCAGAAGGAUUAAAGGACCAGUACCACUGAAGCAAAGUAAUAACGGCGUCUCAGAGAAUAUAAGAUCUGAGUCUUUAGCUAAUGGCAAAACCUCCUCUGAACAACAACCUAUGAUAAUAGACUCGAUAGGAGGUAGCAGCAUGCAACAAGUUGAACCCAAGUUGUUAGGCACAGGAGUUGCAUCGAGUUCAGGUGGUUCCUUACAUGGUGAGACGAUGAAAAAGAUGGAAUGAAUAAAACAAACCCCGGCUUCUGUAGAAGAAUCCUUAUUGGAUAAUAACAAUCUGUACUUCUGUAGUUCGGUCUCCACUCUCUAACCAAGCCGAUGAGAACAUCUGUAGUUAAAGUUAAGUUAGUUCAUAAAUCUCUGAAGUUUAUGUUAACAAAUUUAAAUUAUUAAAAUUAUCACUGAGAUAACUUGUUGUCUAUAUUCUCGGGAAUUAAUUUGUAUAAUUUUAAUUAAAUUUUCCUUGUUUCA